AUGGCGGCGGCUGUGCCGGUGCCGGUACCGGAGGCGGCAGGGCCGGGGCCGGGGCCGGGGGAGGAGGCGGCGGCAGGGCCGCUGUGCCCGGGCUCGGCCCGCGGGGCUCGGCUGCCGCUGGCGCGGGUGAAGGCGCUGGUGAAGGCAGACCCGGACGUGAGCCUGGCGAGCCACGAGGCCGUGUUCGUGCUGGCGCGGGCCGCGGAGCUGUUUGUUGAAACCAUCGCCAAAGAUGCUUAUGUGUAUGCUCAGCAAGGGAAAAGGAAAACUCUGCAGAGAAAAGACCUGGAUAACGCCAUUGAAGCUAUUGAUGAAUUUGCUUUUCUGGAAGGUACCUUGGAUUGAGCUGGACAGCGAUGGAGCAGUAGAGAGAUGGACGCAGGAUGGCAAACAGGAUGUUGAGAGUUCAAACAUGGUUCCUAGAACUGAGAACCUGAAAUGGCAGCUGCUGUAUUUUGUAUGAAGUUGAAGUCAUUGUAAGCUCUUUAUUUAAAAUGCAUCAUUAUUUUCUUAAUUCCUUGUUCCAUAACUAUUGUCUGAGUCAUUUCCUGGUGUCCCCCUGCCUGCAUGGGGGCUGCUCAGAGCUCUCAUCAGGUCCCUGCAGCAUCCGGGACCUGUGAGUGGAGGGUGGCUCAGCUCGGGCAUGGGCAAUGGUUUGCAGUGGAACUGUGUUUAAUUUGUACAUGUUUGUUUCUUGGCCAAACACGAUUCAUUUCUUUUUAAUAUA